AUGGACCUCGAGUCCCGAAACGCAGCUAUGCAAUCCGACCUUGAUAACCUGACCCCUGCCUCUCUCAUCAAACGCAACCAAAACCCCGAGUCUUGGCUACCUGCGCAUCCCCGAUAUUCCCUGGAAUCCCACCGUGAUACCAUCAAUUGCAUUGCUUUCCAUCCGAAAUAUUCCUCCAUUGCCUCGGGUUCAGACGACUUCACAAUCAAGAUCUGGGACUGGGAACUGGGGGAGUUGGAGAUGACCCUCAAGGGACAUACAAGAGCAGUGCGCGAUGUGGACUAUGGUGCAACUCGAGGGGGGAUCCUUCUGGCCUCGUGCAGUUCCGAUCUGACCAUCAAGAUAUGGGAUCCGGCCGACGGCUACAAGAAUAUUCGGAACUUACAAGGGCACGACCAUAUCGUCAGUUCCGUUCGCUUCAUACCUGGGGGGAAUCUGCUGGCCAGCGCAAGUAAAGAUGCCGAUGUGAGGUUAUGGGAUGUUACCAACGGGUAUUGUGUCAAGACCAUUCAAGGCCACACGGGCUGGGUACGAAAUGUCUACCCGUCCUCGGACGGGAAAUUUCUCCUCUCCACUGGAGACGACAUGACGGUUCGACUAUGGGACAUCUCUUCAAAACCAGAGAACAAGCUGACCAUGAUCGGCCAUGAAAAUUUCAACGAGUGCUGCGCGAUCGCGCCUCCAACUGCUCAUCAGUAUCUAGCACCAUUGGCUGGAUCCAAGGUAUCUGGGGGGAGUACGGCCGAGUUCAUGGCGACUGGAUCGCGCGACAAGACCAUCAAGCUCUGGGAUGCUCGGGGAACUUGUCUCAAAACGCUGGUCGGCCACGACAACUGGGUGCGGGCAGUUGUUUUCCAUCCCGGAGGCAAAUAUCUUCUGUCUGCGUCGGAUGAUAAAACAUUACGCUGCUGGGACUUGAGUCAAGAAGGAAAGUGCGUGAAGACCCUCAGGGAUGCGCAUGAAAGCUUCAUCACUUGUUUGAAGUGGGCUCCUGGGGUAGCCAAAAACUCGGACCCUGCCGCCCAAGGGCAGAAUUCAGAAAACACCGAGGCGUCCAAGGGCCGGGCAGGAGACAGUUCGCCUGAUGUACAGAUCCGGUGUGUGGUUGCCACUGGCAGUGUGGACCAAAAGUUACAGAUAUUCGCGGGCUGA